AUAGAUGGGUCGGGAUGCGGGAUUCGGGAUUCGAUAGAAACACAAACCAACACCACCUCUGUGUCAAAGGUGAAUAUUACGGAGUUUCAGAAUUUUAGAGAGAGAGAGGGGAAUGGGGGCUUGCUUUUCGGAUGCGAAGGGAGGGCAAAUGGCAGUUGGAGGGGCCGUACAACGGAAGACAAUGAACAGUGGCGGUGUUAGUACUACUACUGGUGGAGCCGCACACAACGAUGCUGUCGACUUUUUCUUGAGAACCAAAGGUCUUAACGCUCUCUUCACGCAAAUUGAGUUAUCUCUAUCCGCUUCCAAAUUACUUGAUCGUGACAUUGUUUCCAAGAGUGAUCCUAUUGCAGUAGUUUAUAUAAAGAAAAGAGAUGGAUCGCUUGAGGAACUUGGUCGCACCGAAGUGAUAAUGAACUCUUUGGAACCUGCAUGGAUUGAGAAAAUUAAUUUUGCUUAUCAGUUUGAGAUUGUUCAGCAGUUGGUCUUUCAUGUGUAUGAUGUUGAUACAAGAUACCACAAUUUGCAUGUGAAGACACUGAAGUUGAAAGAUCAAGAAUUUCUUGGUGAAGCCAGUUGUGCUAUAUCUGAGAUAGUGACUAAACAAAGUCGAAGUUUGACCCUAAAUCUUCACAAUAAAAAUGGGCAAAGAGGUCUGAAAAACUUGGGGACACUUACUGUCCAUGCUGAGGAAACUGUUGCUUCAAGGAAUGCUGUUGAGAUAACAUUUCGCUGUUCGCACUUGGACAACAAGGACCUAUUUUCCAAAAGUGAUCCUUUCUUAAGAAUAUCUAGGAUUGUUGAGAGUGGAGGUUCUGUUCCGAUUUGCAAAACAGAAGUUGUCAACAACAACUUGAAUCCAAUUUGGAAGCCCGUAUGUCUGACUAUGCAGCAAUUUGGAAGCCAGGAUAACCCAUUAGUUAUUGAGUGUUUUGAUUUCAAUAGCAAUGGCAAUCAUGUACUUAUCGGUAAACUUCAGAAAUCGGUGGCGGAUCUAGAAAAACUUCAAAAAGAAAAAAUUGGUGCAAAUUUUAUUUUUCCGUCUUCUCGUAACCGUGCUCAUGACAAGGUUCUAAAGGGCCAACUGUUUGUUGAUGGCUUUUGUGAGAAGAAACUGUACAGUUUUCUUGAUUAUAUUUCUAGUGGAUUUGAGCUGAACUUCAUGGUAGCUGUUGAUUUUACUGCUUCGAAUGGAAAUCCUCGAAAUCCAGAUUCCUUGCACUACAUUGAUCCUACUGGGCGGUUGAAUGCUUACCAGCAGGCCAUAAUGGAGGUUGGGGAGGUCAUACAAUUUUAUGAUUCUGAUAGACGCUUUCCUGCUUGGGGCUUUGGUGGAAGAACAUAUGACGGUUCUAUAUCUCAUUGUUUUAACUUAAAUGGAGGUGCAAGUGGCUUUGAGGUUGAAGGAGUAGAAGGCAUCAUGGCUGCUUAUGCUAGUGCUUUGAGGAACGUUGCACUUGCUGGACCCACUUUAUUCGGUCAAGUGAUCAACACUGCUGCAGAAAUAGCUGGUCGUUCGCUCUCCCAGAACAGCAGCAAGUAUUUUGUCUUGCUUAUUAUAACGGAUGGAGUCCUUACUGAUCUCCAAGAAACUAAAGAUGCUUUGGUGAUGGCAUCUGAUCUGCCCCUAUCCAUUCUUAUUGUUGGAGUGGGUGGUGCAGAUUUCAAACAAAUGGAGAUCCUUGAUGCUGACAAUGGACAUCGAUUGGAGAGUUCUACAGGGAGGAUAGCCACACGAGACAUUGUUCAGUUUGUUCCAAUGCGUGAUGUACAUGGUGGACAGAUAUCAAUUGUUCAGAGUCUAUUGGAAGAGCUACCUGGUCAGUUCUUGACUUACAUGCGGAGUAGAGACAUCAAACCGCACACUGUUAAUCUCCCCCAAGCUCCUUUUCAAGAUCAUCCUGUCUAGAGCUCUAAAAAGAACCUUGAAUAAGUGGAGCAAAUAUCUCCUUUUUCUCUUCAUAUGGUAUAUAAAUAGAAUAUAAUAGAGAAAAAAUUGCACAUAUUUAGUAAGGACAAAAUACUCUUUUGGCUUAGCAAGCAGUGUUUUGAAUUCUUUUAAGCAUGUGGUAUAAGAUAGGCAAAUGGUGGUUUAUACUCAUUUUAGUGUUUUCAGAUUGUUUUGUGUAUUGUUAAGGUUCUCAAGGUUGGGGUUUUAAAAAUGGUCUGUAUAUUGGAUAUCAUAUAUUCAUGUUGGCCAAGAAUUGGUCGUCAUUUUGAAAUUAUUGAAGUUUGCUC